AUGUCGAAAAUCAACAACCUUGAAUAUGCUUCCCUCAAUCUCUCCGGAGAUAAUUACCUCCAAUGGGAGCUUGAUACCAAAAUCCUCUUAAGGUCCAGAAACCUUGGUGAUACUAUCACUGAAGGCACUGAGCCAUCAGACAAGGAUAAUUACAAGGCACUUGUUGUCAUUUGCAAUCACCUUGCUGAAGGUCUCAAGGACCAGUAUCUCACAAUUGAGAAUCCUCUGGAACUUUGGACAGAGUUGAAAACCAGAUUUAAUCAUCAGAAAACUGUGAUAUUGCCAAAAGCCCUUUAUGAUUGGAGAAACCUGAGAAUCCAAGACUAUAAGUCUGUGGAAGAGUAUAACUCGGCUUUGUUCAAAAUAGUCUCAAAGUUGAAACUUUGUGGUGAGACUAUUACUGAUGCUGAUAUGUUGGAGAAAACAUUCUCCACAUUCCACACCAGCAAUGUUGUGCUUCAGCAACAGUACCGAGAGAAGGGUUUCUCCACUUAUGCUGCCUUAAUCUCUUGUUUGUUGCUAGCUGAGCAAAACAAUGAGUUGCUCAUGAUGAACAGUGAGCUAAGGCCUCCUGGUGCUAAAGCAUUGCCUGAGGCACAUGCGGCUGUAGAGCCAAAGGAUGAGACUCCAAGGGAGUCAUACCGUGGUCGCAUGAGAGGCCGUGGUAGAUGCUCGACCAAAUCUGCUUGCUAUCGUUGUGGGAUGACCAAUCAUUGGGCUAAUAAAUGCAAAACUCCCCAACACCUUGUUAAGCUCUACCAGGAGAGCAUAAAAGGCAAGAACUCUGAGGAAAAUUUCGUCCAUUAUGAUAAUGAGAAUGAUCUGGACCAUGAGGAUGAUCAAGCCCAUGGCAGAGAUGGUCAUGGGGAUUUUGAGACUUCAGACCUCCUUACAAGUGGCUGA